GACCUCGACUGACAUUCAGUGCACAACAAAUUAUGUCCUUUCGAAAUUCAGGAAGUUUUUUCAAAUCUUUUGGCCACAUAAGUGUAAAUUAAUUCCGAUGGAACAAAAUCAGCGAAACAGCCUUCAGAGCAAUGACGAAAAGAACAAUGUGGAUAGCAGUGGACCCUCCAACAAUCCGCCAACCGGAGGAAAAGUGGACUUCUACGCUGCGAUGAAUAAUUCAAACCAGCCACCGCCAUCGAUGGACGAUGAAAUGAUUAUGAACUCGAGCCGGAUCCGGCGACUCGAGUACUUGCGCCGGGCCAUCGACAGUGACUGCCAGAUCCAUGUGCAGAACAUGUCCGUAACGCCAGAUGGGCAGGCGGGCAGCGUGUGCUACAAGACGUUCGAGUGUCAUCGCAUAUUUCUGGCCACCUCCUCGGAGAAGAUGGAGACGGAUAUCUUCAAGAACCCCAACUGGAACGGAGUGCUGCAAAUGAACGGUGUGUCGCCGGAGAGCGUGCAGAUCUUCCUCGAGUACAUAUACACGUUCGAGGUGGACUCGCCGCUUGUCGGCCUCAAUAUCAUUGGGGACAUAUUCAUUCUAUCGAAUGCCUACCAAAUGCCCGAGCUGAUGGCCGCCUUCUUUGAGAAAGUCAAGGAGCAGGAUUGGCCGCUGGUGGAUGUAAUACCAGCUUUCGACCUGGCAUUUCGGCAAUGCGGUAUGGCAGAGCUGGAGCAGCUGUGCCUGGAUAUAAUCAUACCCAACGGCAUGCAGCUGGUCAACGAGCUGAGCCUCAUGAAAGUCCAGCUUUACGCCCUCAACUACCUUGUUCAGUUAUGGAUGGCGACGGAGACAGUGCCACGGGAGCGACUGGUGCAGCUGCUCCAGGACUACCAGGCGGCGAAUGGUCUAAAUUUCAACAGUGUAGUGCGAUUUCCGCAUUUCACAAAGAUCAUCAAGCACUUUCCAGACAUCUUGCUGGAUGCUGAGGGGUCCAUAAUACAAUAAAAAAUAUAAAUAAAUAAGUAAA